AUGUCUGCUCGCCCUCGACCAAGGCCCCGACCCAAGCCAAAGGUGACCUCAGAGGCCUCAACGUCGGGUACAUUGUUCGAAUCUUCGAAAGCCAAGUCACCGGCUCCUGAUGACGAUGAUAUAUUUCUGAGGCACGAUCCCAAUAGGCUCUUGUAUAACAACAAGAAGUCAAGAGAGAAGUCCCCGUUGCGAGAUGUCAAGUAUUUCGAUAAUGACUCAGAUGAAUCUCCCGACUCGAAGCGUCGUAAGAAGGAAUUGGCACCGAAAAGGGCUAAACCGCUACCCUCUUGGACGUUCCAACCUCGAGAUCCUACUGUAGUCGACAUAGAAUCUGAUGACGAUAGCUCCGAGCUCGAGAUACUAGAAGAUGACGCUUUCAAGGACGUACCAUCUGCUCCCCUGCCAAAGCCCAAACUUCGAGAAAAAUCCAUCACGCCACCUCCACAGCAUCUGCGAUAUCAAGUUGGGAACCAAGUUCAUGAACUUCUUCAUAAUCUGUAUGAUGUAGACGACGAUCGUGAGCUAUCACCAGAAAUGGAAUCCCAAGAUGCCAUACAACUCCUUCCUGAACUUGCUGCAAUCCAAAGGAAUGCGCGCGCGUCAUCUGCAGCUCCCGAAAUAGAAGAUACCCGUUUCGUCAACCUGCAUAUAAAAUGGAUACCGCACCCUAUGGAGCCUCAACCAUGGGAAAAGAACUUGCCCGCUUGGGAAUUUAACGUGCCCCUUAACAAACCGUUUGGAGAAAUUAGAAGGAUGCUUACCGGACUACCAAUGGCAGUUCAACCUAUUCUGCGCUCGAAAAACAGGCGGCUGUUUGACGGUGGCACCCCUGCCUCUCUGAUUGUGGGUAGCAAAUUGGAGAUUCAGGCUAUGUCAAAACUCACCAACGAGUACUUUGAAGACCAUCACCAACUUCCUUUAUCGGCCCACGGAAGUGAUAUAGCAGAGGAUGACGAUGAUGACGGCUCUCAAGAGGGAUCCUCCGCUGCUGUCGAAAAGAUCGGCCUUAGAUUACGGACAGGGCCAAAGAAUACACGCCCCACAACUGUGCGGGUUUUACCGGACACAACCAUCCAGAUGGUUAUCGAGGCUUUUCUGAAUAAGACGGGACGAGUUGGGAUGCAAGGCGUCACCUUGCAGAUUGAUGGGGACGAUCUGGAAAUGGAUUCCACGGUCGCAGACGCAGAUUUAGAAGACGGUGAUCUUGUUGAGGUUGCAGGUAUCGAGUAA